AUGGAAGGGAAUGGCAAACUGUUCACUGGUGAGGAUUACGAUAAACUGAUUAAACCAGUCAUGUUAACCGGGAGGAUUAUUUCGAUUUGGCCAUUGGCAGAGGAUAGUAGCAGGGCAACGAUACUGUUUAGGAAAUUACAUCUGUUCUGCAUGUUUUUCUUAGUGGUGGCGAUGUCCAUCGCAGUGACGGCCGACGUGAUUCACAAUAUCGAUGACUUGGACGAGGCGACCGAAUGUGCACUGAUUUGUACAGCGUUUUACCUUUGUAUAGUUCGUUUGGUAGUGUACUCAUACCAUCAGAAGGAUAUGCUUUACGUGAUGAACACGAUGAAAGAGGAUUGGAUUUCGUCCUCAGAUGAAGAUCGGAUCAUUUUAGCGGAGAAAACGAUGUUUGCUUUUCGUCUCGCAAAAUAUUUCAUCAGUACCGUGGCUGUAACUAUUGUGUUAUUCAUGUGCGUUCCGAUUUUAGAGAUUUACGUAAUUGGAGCUAACGAGAAAGUACUUCCUUUUCGAGGUUAUUUUUUCAUCAAUCAAUCCGUAUCUCCAGUUUUCGAGUGCCUUUAUCUAUUUAAUGUAACUGCUGGUGGCUUUGGCGGAAGCAUGAUCGCCGGUGCGACUAGUUUCAAUUUGGUAGUAAUAAUGCAUGGCUCCGCCAAGUUUGCGGUCCUGCGGAAAAGGCUGGAGGCUCUAAGCAGCGAAGAUCCCAACUCUACCGCCAUUAUGGGCAGUUACGUGAUUCGUCACCAGGAGGCGAUAGAAUACGCGGAUGCACUGGAAAGGAUCAUAAACAUUUUAGCUUUGGGACAAUUCGUCAUUAGCACUGGCUUGAUUUGCUUCGCUGGAUUCCAGAUCACCUCGAUGAUGGAGGACAAGGGUCGCCUGAUGAAAUAUUCCACGUUCCUCAACUCUGCCAUUCUCGAGCUGUUCAUGUUUAGUUUCAGUGGAAAUGGCCUAAUUGACGAGAGCGAAGCAGUGGGUAUAUCAGCUUAUGGCAGUGGAUGGAUUGGUAGCCAUUUUUGUCAGAGUCUCCAGAUCAUGAUGAUGCGCUCGAGGAUUCCCAGCAAGAUAACUGCAGCGAAAUUCUACAGCAUGUCCUUGGAGAGUUUCUCAGCGGUUCUGAGUACGUCGUUCUCAUACUUCACGGUUCUCUCAGCCACCAAAGACAAUUAA